UUUUCGGCAAAUUCGAGUAUAUGUAGGCGAAUCUCGGGGACAUUUUCGCCACGCAAGGAACAAAAAAAAAAAAGAAAACCCAAGACAGCAGCUUAUUGUGCAGAAGCGAAAUGGCGAUGAAUAGGGAGUAAGAUUUCCAUCAAAUUGAGAUUUUGAUUCAAGAGUGACGCCUAAAUUCGUUGCUCUGCAUACACAGCAAUGCCAAUGGACUUUCAGCGGAUUGAAAAAAGAGGCUGCCACAGAAGCGGGGGAGGGAUUUCUCUUAGCCUGCCUCCAUACAAUAAUAACAUGGAGGAGGUUUUGGAAGCCCUGCUAGAGAGCUCAGAAAGUCAUCUCUUAGCGGAGUCUUUGGAGCGCCUCAUGGAAAAAAGGGUUACAGAUGUGGAAAAGAAUUAUUUUUUAGAGAAGUCGCUAGAUUUAGGGCAGCGCCUCCAGGAAGCAGCUAAUAGAUUGACUCGACAACGCGCCACUGACCAUAAUUCGCUCACUUGGCCUCUUACUCACGAUCUCACUGUCAAGGUCUUUUCAUUGUUGGGAACACAAACCCUCUGUUAUGCUGCAGCAACUUGUACAUUGUUUAAUAAGUCAGCCAUGGACCCUGUAUGCUAUGCAGAUAUAGAUUUGACAUCUAGUGAUUUCAAGAUAAUUAGUAACAUGACCGUUUCAAAGAUGGUACAACGUGCUGGUUUAUUUUUCAGGUCCCUAAAGCUUGGGAUUUCAGGGCAGCAAGGCAAGAGUUCAACUUCGUCUUUCAAACUUCUUGGUUCGACUGUUGACAUUCAUCUAAAAUCUGCAGAUGCCUUGGAUAGAUCUUGGCACUAUAGAAAUUACAAGCAAGACAGGAGUUCAUUCAUGUUAACAAGGUCAUGCCUUGAAACACUCUCUUCAGAAAAUGGUAUGGUUGGGUCAAUGCUGAAGACUCUUCACUUAUUCAAUAUUACUGAAAUAGAUACCAAGGCUUUGUGUGGUGCAAUUUCAUCUUGUCCAUCGCUCUCUGACCUGGAGCUUGUGGAUCUCCAUGUUCAACUCAAGUCAGUUUUAUCUUGCCUGAGCUCUCACUGUCACUUUUUGGAACGAUUAUGCUGUCAGUCGUCAAAGACAGGCAGAGUGGAAGGUCUGAGAAGUUAUACUUGUACCCAGUUCCUUACAGGCUGCCCAAAAAUAUCCUCUCUGUCACUGAAAGGUUUUAAGCUGAGCGAUCAGAAAUUGGAUGCACUUCUUAAGGGAUUUUGCAAUUUGAAGUUUGUUGAUUUUUCCACAGCAUCGAAUUUAACUGGAACAUUUCUCAGGAGUCUCGCUCAUACUGGAAAUGAACUGCAACUACAAACACUCAUUUUGCGAGAUUGCAUGCAUUUGAAAGAAGGGGAAGUUGAUACAUUUCUAUUUGCUCUGUGCUCUGGAGAGUGUAAAUAUCUUCAGUAUCUAGAUAUAUCAAACAAGGAUGGCCUGGCUGUAGCUGACUGGUUUGAAAGACAGACAAGUCCUAGUGUGGAAGGGAUUGCACGGCUUCGAUCAGAAAGACCACAAUUUCAUUUGGUAGCUGAAUUUCCAGCUGAAAAAAGCUGCAGUGACAUUGAUUCUAUGCUGUCUAGCUUCGAUGACAGUGAUGAGAGUGAAGCGGUAGGAUUGGGGACGCCAUCAUCUAUUUCAAUGUCUGAGUUUUCCUCUGAGAGCACCUACAGCAGUGAUACUAGUAGUGAUUCUGAAGAGAAUGGAUGAUCCUCCAGAUGAAUUGUGAGAGCCCAAGCAAAUCUGGAGAGGGGAAUCGAUGAGUUAUCAACUAAAACAUUUUUUCUUCCAUGUUAAUAUUUGUUUCAGGGAGUUGAACUUGAAUAUAACAUUAAUUGACCAUCCAGGAAUGGAAAAUCACGUAAAAAUUAGCCAUUAUAGUUUUAGUAAAAUGGCAUAGAUGCCUCAGAUGCUGUAAUCUUCUCAAUGUUGUUUUGAGAAGGUCAAUGCAAAUGGUUGGAUACGAAGAGAAGUAGGGAUGGAAUUUAUGCUGUAGCUUCUGCAUUGUGAUAUACUAUGGUCUUCUUUUAAAUUGGGUCAAAAUUAGUGAAGGUUUUGCCCAUUCCUUAAAAUCAUGGCGGGCUCUAGUUUAGACAAAUUGGGUGUUGUUUCUGAGGAUGCAUUUUUGAAAAAUCAUGGCAAGACUACUUUAUCAAGGGAAAUUUUUAUGAUUA